GGGGGAGGGGUGGCCCUCUGAGCGCCCCAGAGUUGGGGUGUGCAGGGUGCGCAGUGCGAGCAAGGGCCCCGGAACCGCCGCGCUGUCGGGGCAGGGUUGUUGCCGUGAGUCUUGGAGAUUGUACCUCCUGCGGUGCUGUGGGGCAAGAAGGAAAGGGCCGGGCAGAAGGAACUUGCUGAGCCGCUACUCUGCUCCAUGUUGGCUUACGUUCUCAGGCCGGCACCAUGCCACCCCCUGCAGAGGUGACAGACCCAACCCAUGCCCCAGCUGUCCUUCGCCAGCUCAACGAGCAGCGGCUCCGCGGCCUCUUCUGUGACGUCACCCUCAUAGCUGGAGACACCAAGUUCCCUGCUCACCGCAGCGUCCUGGCUGCCUCUAGCCCGUUCUUCAGAGAGGCCCUACUAGCUUCAGCCCCCCUGCCCCUCCCACCGGCCACCAGUGGCUCAGCUCCCAGCCCCGCAACCACCACAGCUGCCUCUUCCUCCUCCUCCUCCUCCUCCCCGCCUCCGACCUCUCCACACUCUUCAUCCCCUCCCCGGGUCCUAGAGCUUCCCGGGGUCCCAGCAGCGGCCUUCUCAGAUGUCCUCAACUUCAUCUAUAGUGCCCGGCUUGCACUGCCUGGGGGUGGGGAUGGGGCAGCUGUGGCCGAGAUUGGAGCCUUGGGGCGGCGGCUGGGAAUCCCCCGCCUACAGGGCCUGGGGGAAGGAGGCGAUACCUGGGUACCGCCUGCCCCAGCUCCCGUGGCCACCUCACAGCCUGGUGAGGGCAGUUUGGGCCCAGGGCCUAGGCAAGAUGGAGAGUGGGAAGAUGACAAAGCCGAGGCCCUGGGUCCUGAUUCCCAGCCCUCCUUGCCGCGGCGGCCCUUUCCCUGCCCUCGAUGUGGAAAAAGCUUCAUACACCCGAAGCGGCUGCAGACCCACGAGGCCCAGUGUCGGCGGGGGUCCAGCACUCGGGGGUCCGUAGGGCUUGGAGCUGGGGGCUCUGGCCCUGGGGGUCCUGCAGGAGUGGAUGCCUCGGCCCUGCCACAACCAGUGGGCUUCAGAGACGGCCCUGAGCACUUGGUGAAGGUGGUGGGCGGCCACGUGCUCUACGUGUGCGCGGCCUGUGAGCGAUCGUACGUGACCCUGUCCAGCCUGAAGCGGCACAGCAACGUGCACUCGUGGCGCCGGAAAUACCCCUGCCGCUACUGUGAGAAGGUGUUUGCGCUGGCUGAGUAUCGAACCAAGCACGAAGUGUGGCACACCGGGGAGCGCAGGUACCAGUGCAUCUUCUGCUGGGAAACCUUUGUCACCUAUUAUAACCUGAAGACCCACCAGCGAGCCUUCCAUGGAAUCAGCCCUGGCCUCCUCGCCAGUGAGAAGACCCCCAAUGGAGGCUACAAGCCCAAGCUUAACACCCUCAAGCUGUACCGCCUGCUCCCUAUGCGAGCAGCCAAGCGGCCCUACAAGACCUACAGUCAGGGAGGCCCUGAGGGCCCUCUUUCUCCAAGCCUCCACAUACCGGCCCCAGCCGCAAUGCCAGCCAGCCCGCCACCCCUACCCCCACCUGCCCCAGAGCCUGGCCCUCCCCCCUCUGUCAUCACCUUUGCGCACCCAGCUCCCUCUGUCAUUGUCCAUGGGAGCAGUAGCAGUGGCGGGGGCGGGGGUGGACCAGCCAGCACAGGAGGGUCCCAAGCUGCCUCCGUCAUCACUUAUACAACUCCCCCAAGGCCCCCCAAGAAACGCGAGUACCCACCUCCACCCCCUGAGCCUGCAGCAAUACCCACCAGCCCAGCCUCUGCCGCUGCCAUCAACCCAGCCACAGCCACAGAGGAGGCCAAGGGCCGGAUCCUGCGGGCUGGCAGGACUCUGACUUACACAGCCAAGCCCGUGGGUGGGGUGCGUGGGAGUGGGGUUUCCCCCACAGGCACAGGCCGGGGCUCCUCCCAGCUUCAGGCCCCGCCUCCGCUGUGUCAGAUCACUGUGCGAAUUGGGGAGGAGGCCAUAGUCAAGAGGCGCAUCUCAGAAACUGACUUGCGCCCAGGAGAGCUAAGUGGAGAAGUAGAGGAGAGCGAGGAGGAGGAAGAGGAGGAGGACCAGGAGGAAUCGAAGGCUGGAGGGGAAGACCAGCUCUGGAGGCCCUACUAUUCAUACAAGCCUAAGCGCAAGGCUGGAGCCACUACCAGUGGUGUGAGCGGGGUCAGCGGACUGCCCCGAGGACGAAGACCACCGCGCUGGAGGCAGAAGCUGGAACGAAGGGGCUGGGAGGAGACCCCAGCAGCGGAGGGCCCAGGAGGACGAGGACGUGGCGAACGUAGACACCGUUGUGGGGACUGUGCCCAGACCUUUGCCACCCUGAGGAAGCUGAGAAAGCACCAGGAGGCCCAUAGUGGGGGCUCUCACAACUCCAGGACCGGAAGGAGGUCUUCCACCCGCUUCACCUGCCCCCACUGUGCCAAGGUGUGCAAGACAGCGGCUGCCCUGAACCGCCACGGGCAGAGGCAUGCUGUGGAGCGGCCCGGGGGCACUCCCACACCCGUCAUCGCAUAUUCCAAAGGCAGCAUUGGCACCAGGCCCAGUGACGUCAAGGAGGAGGCCCCCCAAGAGAUGCAAGUGUCCUCAUCGAGUGGGGAGGCAGGAGGCGGCAGCGCCGCUGCUUCAGCGUCUGAGACUGCCUCACUCCAGGACCCCGUCAUCUCGGGGGGCGAGGAGCCCCCAGUAGCAGGUGCGGGCAGCUAUGUAUACCCACCUGUGCAGGAAUUUCCCUUGGCCCUGAUAGGAGGCAGCCGGGAGCCCGGUGGUGGCAGAGGAAAAGCUGGGAAUGGGGGGCCAGUGGGAGCUUCCGAGGGAGACCAGAUGGAGGGCAUGGGGGCUGCCAAAGUCACCUUCUACCCUGAACCCUACCCACUAGUCUAUGGCCCCCAGCUCCUUGCAGCCUACCCUUACAACUUCAGCAACUUAGCUGCUCUCCCAGUUGCUCUCAACAUGGUCCUACCUGAUGAGAAGGGCGGCGGGGCCCUCCCCUUCCUACCAGGGGUCUUUGGCUACGCAGUGAACCCUCAAGCAGCACCCCCAGCUCCACCGACCCCACCUCCCCCAACUCUUCCUCUGCAAGUUCCCACUAAGGGAGUAGGGGAAACGACAGGGGUUGAGAGAACCCAAAAGGGAGAUGUGGGGUGAGCACUAAGUCCAGAUUCCCCCUUUCACCAGAUGCCACCCUCCCCGAGUCCCCCACAUAGGAGCUGCCUGGCCUCCCUGCCCCCCUUGGGAGCCCCAUCACACUCUUGUGCAGGGAUUUGGGGGCCCCUGGAGCUCAGGAGUCAGGCUGCUUUAUGUGACUGUAGUCCCCCUCCCCCAGAAGGGACUCUUGGUAGGUCCCCUCUCAAUCUUCUCCAGGGACCGGCCCCAGUGAGGGGAAGAGCCAGUUCCCAUCCUUUCCCCAACCCUCGGGGGCAACUGAGCAAUACACCCAUCUGAAUCUCUACCACAGCCCCCACCAGCUCUGAAUGUCUAACCUGCUCCCCUGACCUGUAAGCCCAGGGGGAGAAACCAUCUCUCUCACCUAACGAUGGCUGCCCUCGCUCUGAUGCUUUGUCUAAGCCCUUCCCCCAGACGCUUCCCAGCACAUUCCACCCUCUGCGGCCCAGGGCCUGGACCAGACCAUUGUGAUACCCGACCCACCAGCCUGGAAGCAUGGCUUUGGAUUCCGUUCUUCCCAAGGGUGGGUCUCUCUGUGCUUCCCUUGGCUUCCAUGCCUUCCGGGUCUUCCAUUCUCCUUCCUGCGCUCCUAGGCUUUGGAGAUGGCCCAACCCACUCCAGGUCAAAAAAGGAGGUAGGAGGUGUCCUGUAGCUGAGCACUUUUCCAGUACAGGGCAGGGAAAUCUUGGGCCCCACCUUUACCCUCAAGUCCAGCGACUCCAGAUUCUUCCAAGACCACAGAGGUGAAUAGAUCACACCCUUUCUGGCCUUUAUACGUGGCUUCUUCGGGGCUAAACCAAAUCUGAGCACCAGGUGUGAAGCUCUCCAUCCAGAGAGAGGACCCGCUUCCUCCCUGCCUCUCGUGAUGGUUCCUCCUAGAUUAGACCAAAUAGCCAGAGAAGUGAUGGGGGUUCGAUGUGUGGGUGAGCCCCAAGAUUUGCACAGAACCUUCCAUCCUUACCUUUUACCCCCCUCCCCUAGUGUCACUGUCCUCACCAGUCACCCCAGAUGGUUUUGAGGGAACCAUCCUCCUCUUCUGGUGGGCUUUGGGGUAUCCCCACCAACUUUGCCUCGAAUAUAGCACCUUCUACCCCAUCUUCGACUCAGUUCCCCACACCCAAAGAUCCCAGCCUAGGGAUGGGGUGCAGGGGCUUUAAAUAACCCCUGAUCCCUAAUUUGCACUAGUUUACCCAGGUCAGGGGUCCUUUGUCUCCUUCCAAUGGGGAAAAUGAGGAAAUGUUUGUUCCUAAUUCUCUUUGAAAAUGGGGCCUCCCUGAUGUGUGAUUCCAUGGGAUGUUUUCCAUACUAUACUCCCCUCCCCCACAAAAACCAGCUCACAGGAGAGAGCCAGUUUGGGGGAGCAAGUCUGAUGUGGGAAUUAGAGGAGUAUGACUUUUAAAAGGAGAAAGACUGUUUUAAUGGAAAUGACAGCCUUUCUCUCAGCUACUGUUUUCUGGGGCCAAGAUGGCUGCCCUCUGACCUACUGUGGAGGGGGCAAGACCAUGGCUUUUGGAGGGAGGUAUGUUUGGGAAGGCCAGGAGCAUCUUCCUGCCCCUCCUAACCUCCCAGUGCACAGGAAGGGGGAGGGCAUUGACAGGCUUCCUGAAUGUUAACCACAGAGGGGUUACUCCAUUCCUCCUCUGUCUCUUUGCACUUUCCUUGGUCUUGGCCACAGCCUGAGUGAAGAAUUUCCUACUGAAUGUACCAAGUUCCGGUUUUUAAGGGGGGAAAAGUUUCAAACAGGGAAAAAUGAAAAAAAGAAAAAAAAAGAAAAAAAAGUCACUAAAAAUUCCCAUAAAUCUUGUUUCUGGCACUUUAGAAAAACUGCAAAAAAUACAUAAUAAAGAAUACAUAUAUAUAUAUA